AUGACUCCUCCGCCAACACAACCGCCAACAACGGCCUCAGCCUCUAAGGCACCCGAGCUACUCCUAGACCUCCACGUCAACUUCAUCGUCAACCUUGACAAGAACAAAGAUGUGUUUGAAUACUGGGCAAGCGACCAAUUACGGCUCAAUGGCGUCUACUGGGCCCUAACAGCCCUCGCAUUCAUGUCCCGCCCGCACGAGCUAGAUCGCGAAGAGGUCAUUGCGUUCGUGCUCUCCUGUCAACAGAAAAACGGCGGAUUCGGCGGAAGCGUAGACCACGACGCCCAUCUGAUCUAUACAUUGAGCGCGAUCCAGAUUUUGGUCACCUUAGAUGCGUUGGAGAGGGUCGAUGUGGAGCGGGUCGUGUCAUACAUCCUAACCCUCCACGACCCCGUCGUUGGUUCCUUCACCGGCGACGAAUGGGGCGAAACUGACACGCGGUUCUCCUACUGCGCGAUCUCCGCGCUGUCGCUGAUGGGGAGGCUUGAUGCGGUUGAUGGGGAUAAGGUGGCCGAGUUUAUUGAUCGGUGUCGGAACUUCGAUGGGGGGUAUGGGACUGUGCCGGGGGCGGAGAGCCAUGCGGGGCAGAUCUUCUGCUGCGUCGGCACCCUCGCCAUCCUCAACCACCUGCACCUCGUCGAGCGCGACAAGCUCUGCUGGUGGCUCGCGGAACGGCAGCUCCCUAAUGGGGGGUUGAACGGACGGCCGGAGAAAUUGGAGGAUGUGUGCUAUUCGUGGUGGGUCCUCUCCGCCCUCGCCAUCCUUGACCGCAUUCAUUGGAUCAAUAAGGAGACGUUGGCGGGGUUUAUAUUGGCUUCUCAGGACACGGAAACAGGUGGAAUAGCCGACAGACCGGGCGACAUCCCCGACGUCUUUCACACCGUGUUUGGACUCGCCGGGCUGUCGUUAUUGGAGUUUGGCGGGUUGGUGGAGGUUGAUCCGAGGUAUUGUAUGCCGAGAGGGGUUACGAGGAGGGUUGGGUUGUGA